GUCAGCCACCACCUUACGAAAUUUCAGUCAGUUAAAAAUUAAAUCUACUUUCCUUAUUUGUAACAUAACUUUAAAUAUAUAAAUGCUGAGACGAGACACAAUUCACAGGGAAACCUUUUAUUUGAUCUUGGGGCCCAAUUAAAUAAAUUAAAAAGAAGAGAAAAAAAAAGGCGCAAACAAACAAACAAACUCGUUUCCCUUCUUCCAAGUUCCGUGGUUGCCGUACGCUUCUCUGUCUCUCCCAGCAGUCCCAUAACUCCAACAACCACACGUUUUCUCAGAAUUGAAAUUGAGCCUUGCAGUUGUAGAGUUGAUUUGUGCAUAUAAUUUUCGAGGCCUUUACAAGUAUGCUAAGAAGAGGUGUAUUCUCAGCUUUUAUUGUUUCUUCUUCUUUGAAAUUCUUCUCUUCUUCAACUUCUAAUGUGCUCAAAGUCGGGGAUAUCUUAAGCCAUACAAGAAUAUUUACUAGUGAAGAUGUGUUGGAAUACUCCAAGGUGAGUCAUGACUCGAAUCCGCUGCAUUUUGAUUCUGCAUUAGCCCGGCGUGCUGGAUAUGAAGAUCGUCUUGUUCAUGGGAUGCUUGUUGCUUCAAUGUUCCCUCUUAUCAUUUCCUCUCAUUUUCCAGGGGCCAUCUACGUAUCGCAAAGCUUGAAUUUUAAGUUACCAGUAUACGUUGGAGAGCAGAUCAUUGGCCAGGUAGAAGCAGUCAACUUGAAAGAAAAUAAGAAGAGAUACCUGGCAAAAUUCAGAACAUUGUGCUUGAGGAACGGCGGGGACCUUGUUCUUGAGGGUGAGGCAAUGGCCAUUUUACCUUCUGAUUUUCAUCCCACAGACAGAUAGAAGCUUACUGUUGAAGAUAGUGUAUCCAUUUUUUAAGUUUCAAGCGAGAUCGGAGGGAUUUCUGCCUGCCAAAGACGUGGCUGAAGAAACUGUUUUCCAUCUGAGAUCAUUUGAUUUCUUCUUUGUCCUCUCUCAUCUGGACUUUAUCAUCUUCUUUGAAUCCUCAGUUGUCGACAAUCUUACUCACUGCUGGUGGCGGUUGUUGAUUCUGGGCGACGGAGAUGAUCUCCCAGAGAGUCAGUCUCCAUUUUUCACUUCUUCUCUUACUGAUGGGAUAUUGACAAUAUUUCUCUUGUAUGUCGUCAUCUGGGCCUGUUUCGUUUAAUAUACUUGCCAAUCUUGAAACUGCUCAUUAUCAAUAGAGAUUAACAAAAUGAAACAGAUUUUCUGGCAGAGGGAGAAAGAGAGAGAGAGGUACUUUCUAACAACCACAAGUUACAGCAUUAUGAAUUGCAUUUUUAUUCUAUUGUCUUGUGUUCAACGAGACAUCCAAGCAACUUAAAAAUGUAAUCGAAGUUUAAGAAUCAGAAGAGUCUGAUUCAGUAAUACUCCUAUUGCAGGGAAUAAUUUGCCCCUUUGAGAGCAUGUUCUCUAGACCCUUAACUACCCUACCCAUAAACUCGGAAAUGCAAUUGGGCAAAAGAAAAAAAAAA